UUCGGUCACAACGCGAGGGGGUCUAGACUUGACCCCAGACCUCCAGACUCGAGCGGGUAGGUGGCCGAGGCUCCCGGUGAGCCGCAGGGCAGCCUGCCCAGACUGGGGAGGACCGCGUGGGAGGGCCGGGAGAGCAGGUGGCUGCCCCCCACAAGGGGGCGGGCUCAGCCGGCCAGUCCCGCCCGGAACCCCCGGCAACGCGCAUACGACUACACCUGCUCCGGAGCCCGCGGCGGUACCUGCAGCGGAGGAGCUCUGUCUUCCCCUUCAUCUCACGACGAGCCCGGCGUCCUGCCGCGUGCGCCCCGGCGCAGCCCGCCAGUCCGCCCGGAGCCCGCCCAGUCGCCGCGCUGCACGCCCGGGGUGAACCCUCUGCCCUCGCUGGGACAGAGGGCCCCGCAGCUGUCAUGCUUUCCGCCAUCUACACAGUCCUGGCGGGGCUGCUGUUCCUGCCGCUCCUGGUGAACUUCUGCUGCCCCUACUUCUUCCAGGACAUAGGCUACUUCUUGAAGGUGGCCGCCGUGGGCCGGAGGGUGCGCAGCUAUGGGCGGCGGCGGCCGGCGCGCACCAUCCUGCGGGCGUUCCUGGAGAAAGCGCGCCGGACCCCACACAAGCCUUUUCUGCUCUUCCGCAACGAGACGCUCACCUACGCGCAGGUGGACCGACGCAGCAAUCAGGUAGCCCGGGCGCUGCACGAUCACCUCGGCCUGCGCCAGGGAGACUGCGUGGCGCUCUUUAUGGGUAACGAGCCGGCCUACGUGUGGCUGUGGCUGGGGCUGGUGAAGCUAGGCUGUGCCAUGGCGUGCCUCAAUUACAACAUCCGCGCGAAGUCCCUGCUGCACUGCUUCCAGUGCUGCGGGGCGAAGGUGCUGCUGGCGUCGCCAGAACUACAAGCAGCCGUUGAAGAGAUACUGCCAAGCCUUAAAAAAGAUGAUGUGUCCAUCUAUUAUGUGAGCAGAACUUCUAACACAGAUGGGAUUGACUCUUUCCUGGACAAAGUGGAUGAAGUAUCAACUGAACCUAUCCCAGAGUCAUGGAGGUCUGAAGUCACCUUUUCCACUCCUGCCUUAUACAUUUACACUUCUGGAACCACAGGUCUUCCAAAAGCAGCCAUGAUCACUCAUCAGCGCAUAUGGUAUGGAACUGGCCUCACUUUCGUAAGCGGAUUGAAGGCAGAUGAUGUCAUCUAUAUCACUCUGCCCUUUUACCACAGUGCUGCACUAUUGGUUGGCAUUCACGGAUGUAUUGUGGCUGGUGCUACUCUUGCCUUGAGGACUAAAUUUUCAGCCAGCCAAUUUUGGGAUGACUGCAGAAAAUACAACGUCACUGUCAUUCAGUACAUCGGUGAACUGCUUCGGUAUUUAUGCAACUCACCACAGAAACCAAAUGACCGUGAUCACAAAGUGAGACUGGCACUGGGAAAUGGCUUACGAGAAGAUGUGUGGAGACAAUUUGUCAAGAGAUUUGGGGACAUAUGCAUCUAUGAGUUCUAUGCUGCCACUGAAGGCAAUAUUGGAUUUAUGAAUUAUGCGAGAAAAGUUGGUGCUGUUGGAAGAGUCAACUACCUACAGAAAAAAAUCAUAACUUAUGACCUGAUUAAAUAUGAUGUGGAGAAAGAUGAACCUGUCCGUGAUGAAAAUGGAUAUUGCGUCAGAGUUCCCAAAGGUGAAGUUGGACUUUUGGUUUGCAAAAUCACACAACUUACACCAUUUAAUGGCUAUGCUGGAGCAAAGGCUCAGACAGAGAAGAAAAAACUGAGAGACGUCUUUAAGAAAGGAGACCUCUAUUUCAACAGUGGAGAUCUCUUAAUGGUUGACGAUGAAAAUUUCAUCUAUUUCCACGACAGAGUUGGAGAUACAUUCCGGUGGAAAGGGGAAAAUGUGGCCACCACUGAAGUUGCUGAUAUAGUUGGACUGGUUGAUUUUGUCCAAGAAGUAAAUGUUUAUGGAGUGCAUGUGCCAGAUCAUGAGGGUCGCAUUGGCAUGGCCUCCAUCAAAAUGAAAGAAAACCAUGAAUUUGAUGGAAAGAAACUCUUUCAGCACAUUGCUGAUUAUCUACCUACUUAUGCAAGGCCCCGGUUUCUAAGAAUUCAGGACACCAUUGAGAUCACUGGAACUUUUAAACACCGCAAAGUGACCCUGGUGGAGGAGGGCUUUAACCCCGCUAUCAUCAAAGAUGCCUUGUAUUUCUUGGACGACACAGCAAAAAUGUAUGUGCCUAUGACUGAGGACAUCUAUAAUGCCAUAAGUGCUAAAACCCUGAAACUCUGAAUAUUCCCAGGAGGAUAACUCAACAUUUCCAGAAAGAAACUGAAUGGACAGCCACUUGAUAUAAUCCAACUUUAAUUUGAUUGAAGAUUGUGAGGUGCAGUUUUUGUAGGAAAUUAUGCAUACCAGUAAAGGGAGACUUUUUUAAAUAACAGUUGAGUCUUUGAAAGUAAAAAGAUUUAGAGAUUAUUAUUUUUCAGUGUGCACCUACUGUUUGUAUUUGCAAACUGAGCUCGUUGGAGGGAAGGCAUUAUUUUUUAAAAUACAUAGUAAAUUAAAUGAACACCAACAUGUGA